CUCCCGAUCAGAAGCAGAAGCAAAAGCAAAAGCAAAAGCACAACACAGGACACAAAACGGCUCGUUGUCUCUCCGACCGGCAACGAAACCCAGAGCAAUCAUUGCCAUGCCGAAGCCAACACCAACGAACACGCGGGGAGGCAUCAAGCGGCAGCGAUGCCCGAGCGGCGGACCACGGACACCGGCCCUCCGCCUUUCCCCUUCGAUCCUCCUCUUCCUUUCCGCGGUAUGGCUGGCGGCGGCCUCCGCCGGGGCCAGGCGGGCGCCCUGGUCGCUGGCCCCGCUGCCGUCGUCGUCGUCGUCGUCGUCGUGGGGAAAGAACCGAGCCACGCCACUGGCGCUGAGCGCCCGCGGCGGGGGCGGUGACCGGACGGAACCAAGCGCAUCCAAAACCAGCAGCAACCAUUGCAACGAGGACGACGAAGAGGACGACGAGGAGCGGUACAGCCGGCAGGUCUACACGAUGGGGGCGCGGGCGCACGGGCUGGUCCGGUCGUCCAGGGUGUACCUCGACGGGCCCGCCCGCUCGGGGCUCCUGUGGGAAUCCGCCAAGAACCUGGCGCUCUCGGGGGUGGGGAGCCUCGUGGUGGUGGUGGACGACGAGAACGACAGCGACGAUGCCCGCAACGAUGCCAGCGCACCGUGCCCGCACUACCACGAUCCGGCCCUCGACGACCUCGGGAGGACCUACCUCCGCGGGGCCCUGGCAGAGCUCGGGGACCUUGCGGCGGAGGACCCUUCCGCCGUCCUGGUCGGCUUUCUCCGGCGCCUCAACCCGGCACUGGCGGUGUCCACGAUCUCCCGCAGGAAGCUGCUCUCCGGCGAGGACGAACACGAAGAGGAAGAACGAGGAGAAGGGGUCCUCCUGUGCGUCGAUCGCCCCUGCCAGGAGCAGGCCGAAUGGAACGAGGCCUGCCGGAAAGCCGGCCUCGCCUUUGUGGCGGUGGAAACCGCCGGGGUCUACGGCCGCGUCUUUUGCGACUUCGGCCCGACCCACGCGGUCCACGACGCGGACGGCGAGGCCCCCCUGGUCGUCCCGCUGGACCGCGUCGAGGCCCUGCCGCCAGAGGAAGGAAGUGGCGAAGAAGCAAGGACGGCGACGACGACGACGACGACGAUCCUGGUCCGGAGCGUCGAGGGGGAACACCACGACGUCUCGGGGGGCGACACCGUCGUCUUUUUGCGGUCCGACGGAUCCGUCCUCGAGGACUGCCGCGGGACGGUCGCCCGGGUCGAAACCCCCGAGCGCAUCCGGGUUCGGAUCGACGCCACCGAAACCCAAAACAGCGAAACCGAAACCAUCGACGCGAUCAACGCGGAAGCCGUCGCCUUUAGCCGGGAGAAACAGAUCGAGGAAAUCUCCUUCGAGCCCCUCGCCAAAGCCGUCGGCGAGGCCACCGACAAAGGGACCGCCCACRCCGUCUUCACCCCCUGCGACCUCGACAAGUCCUUCGACGAGACCCGCCGGGGGGCCGUCUUUGGGUGCUUCCAGGCCCUCGGCUCGUACGCGGAAACCCACGGUCGCAUGCCCGUGCCGGGAGAGGAGGACGAGCCGGCCUUUCGGGAGCUGGCCACGGAGGCCGCCGGCGAGURCGGAAGCGAAAGCGAAAGCGAUGACUGGAAGAAGCACUGCGCGACCUUUCUGAAAACCUGCCCCGCCAAGUUCGUCCCACUCCAGGCCAUCUUUGGGGCGAUCGCCUCGCARGAAUGCCUCAAGGCCGUGUCGGGCCUCUACAACCCCGUCCGGCAGUUUCUCYUGUACGACUGCGACGAGAUUCUGGACACGACCGAAACGAAGAAARCGAAAAAGACCGCUGCCGAAGCGRCGUCGGAAGACGACGAAGAAACCACCGGCCUGUCCUACCUCCUCGGACCAGAGGUUGCCCGCCGCCUGCGGGCCCAGAAGCUCUUUGUCGUGGGGUCCGGCGCAAUCGGGUGCGAGAUCCUCAAGAACGYCGCCGCCAUGGGACUCGGCACCUUUGGAUCCGGGAGCCUCGUGGUCACGGACAUGGACACGAUCGAGAAAUCCAACCUGAGCCGGCAGCUCCUCUUCCGGGACGAGGACAUCGGAAAGUUCAAGAGCAGGGCCGCCGAGGAGGCCGUCCUCCGGAUGAACCCGUCGGUGAGGGUGGAAUCCCACACGAGCAGGGUCGGGGACGGGGAGGAUCCGGGUCCCUUCGAUCCGGCCUUCUGGUCCGGAGGGGUCGACGUGAUCCUGAACGCCCUCGACAACAUCGAGGCCCGCCUCUUCAUGGACGGYCAGUGCGUGGCAAACAAAAAGGCCCUGGUCGACGCCGGGACCCUCGGAUCGAAGGGGAACGUCCAGGUGGUGGUUCCACACCAGAGCGAAUCCUACGGGGCAAGCGCGGACCCCCCGGAACCGGCGAUCCCGGUGUGCACCCUCAAGAACUUUCCCUACGCCAUCUCGCACACGAUCCAGUGGGGCCGGGACCUCUUCGACGGCCUCUUUGUGCGGAGGCCCGUGCAGGCSAACCAGUACGCGCMGCUGUUCGCAGGCUCGGGCACCGGGGGGCUGGCCGGUGCGCUGGACGAGGAGCUGGGCGACGAGGCUGCCCUGGAAGCCGCCAGGGAGCUCGCGGAGGACCUGGCGGUGCUGCACGGAGAGGACAACGGAGCCGGCAACGAAGCYCUCCUCGAGCAAAAGGCCAUCGAGUGGGCGGUUGCGCUGGGGAAAAAAUUGUUUCAAACCGCCAUCGAGGAACUCCUUCUGGAACACCCCCUCGACAAGCUGGACGAAGACGGAGAACGCUUCUGGUCUGGAUCGAGAAAGCCGCCGCAACCGCUGUCGUUCUCGCUGGACCCAGAGGAACAGGCGGCCGAGGGCGCCGCAUCCCAAAGAGAAGAGAUCAACAAGAACAUGAUCGACUUUGUUCGAAGCGCUUCCCGGCUUCGGUACGAGACGUACGCCGGGAUUCCAUCGGAUUCCCGGGAAAACGCCGGGAUCGUUUCGCGCGAGACAGCAAUGSAGGCCCUCGCUCAUGCCACCGAGAACGAGAACGCUGCCCGAAAGGAAGAGGACUCCGAAACAACCAAGCGAUCGAAAAUCCAGGGUCUUUUGUCCCCGCUCGAAGGGCUUUCCUCGAGUGACCAAGCGGCACCACGAUCCCUGUCCCCGGCCGAGUUUGAAAAGGACGACGAGUCGAACGACCACAUUGCUUUCAUYACCGCUGCUAGCAAUCUCCGUGCCAUCUGCUACGGAAUCGCCCCGGUAGACGCCAUGGAAACCCGCAAGGUGGCGGGRAAAAUCGUGCCAGCGAUGAUCACGACCACCGCCUUUGUAUCGGCUCUUUCGUGCAUCGAACUGGUGAAGCUGACGCAGGGAAUGCCGUUGAAUCGCUAUAGAAACGCCUUCAUCAACCUCGCACUCCCGUUUUUUGCCUUCACUUCUCCCCUUCCUGCCGAGGAGUUUCCCGGCGUGAGAGGAGAAACCCACACGCUGUGGGACCAAAUAAACAUCAAAGAAGGAAAGAAGGCGGCGAAGGCAGGUGGACUGACCGUCCGGCGCCUCCUCAGAAGAAUUCAGAAAAAGGCGCAUGCCGAAGACCCCGACGCUAUUCAGGUUUCYAAUAUUUCUAUUGGGCCCAUUAUGAUAUACGCUAAUUUCUUGCAUGAGGACGAUGAAGAACUUUUGAACAAGAGCAUAUGGAAAGUUAUUGAGGAAGCUGUACAAUCUGGGGCARAAUUCGACGAAGAAUUUUCUCGGGAUGGCCCAGUGGCCAGCGAUGAUAGCGCGGCUACGGUAUCUAUCUCCUCGGCCUCCUUUGUCGACCUCGCAGUUUCCGUUGAAGAUACCGAAACAUACGAAGAAGUAGAACUUCCCCCGGUUCGAGUCUUCCGCUCGUGAUUAAAAUAAAGAUAUAGAGAACGCCUAAUCUCCGACUCAAGGAUCAAUGUGUUUCAACCAUGCUCUUCUGUUGAAARCUAGGCCGGAGUGUUUUCUAUAUCAUCGUUGCUAUUUCCGGUCAACAAUCUUGCAAUAGCUGAUUCUGGAACCGCUUCUAGUGUGGCAACCUUCAAGGCCUUCGCAAAAAGAGAUGGGAAAGAAUUGAGAUCGAUGUGCGAAGUAGAUAAUGACUCUUUCCAAACUCGUUCAUGCAAAUACUUGCCUGGAGAGCUGUGCGCAGGGACUCCAACGAUGGUUCACAAUCUGUGGUAACGCAAUCGACCAGUCUCCGAGUCGUUUCUUUCAAUGUUUUCUUAUGACGGAUUUCUGUCUCGAUAUCUGUGUCUUCGCCGCAAAGAGGAGAUUCUGCAAGUUUKUCCUUGAGACUAUUUUCAAUGCUUCGCGCCUUCACAAAGAAAUUCUGAAUGAGAAGCUUUGUUUCGGAGAAAUGCAGCAAAUAGUGGAGAGUCUUCGAUACUUACCUGUUGGACAACAUCAGAUGGCCAGCCACAAGAAAGAGCCAUUUCUACGCCAUAACUCGAUGUUGCAUCACACGGCCCGAUCCCUAUCUUGUGGCUAUAUUCRAUUUCUCCGUUCCCGUCAUCUGGUAUUGACGCUAUGAGGUGCUGAUUCUGAACAGCAGGGUAGGCACGGCUCAUUUGGCUCAUCUGUGGGUAGUGGGAGACGAAAUAGGUCAUGGCACCCUUGGCCAGGAGACUCUCUGCAACAGCCCAUGCAAUGGCUACUCCAUCUUCGUUACUAGUGGCCCUGCCUAGCUCAUCUAGAAGGAUCAAAGACCGRGAAGUCGCAUUAUUGCAUAUGAAAGCAACCUCUUUCAUUUCUAACAUGAAAGAUGAUAUGUUGUUCUCUGUAAAGAAGAAACGAAUGGAAUCGAAAAAAAAAGCAAAAGCGAAAAACUGAAAUGAGAACAUGUCUCGAAAAGAAAGCAAUAAAUGUCAGUAAUUGCUUUGUACUCGUUACCUUGAUCAUCCGCAGUCAUCAUCCUAGCACAGAGUCGGUUGGUGAGCUGUGAAUAAUAUCAGAGUGGAAUAUGAAAUCGACGAGAUAAAUAGAAUAUGGUUGGAUGACGYCUCUGAUCGUAGCACUACGGAAACAAUCUAUUCUAUCAGCUAGCACGGUACAAACUUACGGGGAUCAAGGCUUCUUCUGCGGGCACGUAGCUUCCACAAUGCGCUAAAAGAACAAUGAUUGCGAUUUGUUUGAGAUAUGUAGACUUUCCACUUCCGUUGAUUCCUGAAAUAAUAGUUAGAUUUUUGGACAAGCUUGCGUAAGUAUCGUUUGCAAYCCAUUCUCCAGGCCCACCGUCGGAAGGAAAGACUGAAUCAUCCACGUCGAUUCCGUAUCUUCCGUUGCAAAUAGCAAUCGCAUAGGACUCCCCUGGGUUGGCAGCAGGAGGGACUGCGCUGAUGUGAUCGUCACCCUCGUCGCUGGUUUCGGUUGAUUCAGCCGCUGGUACUGCUCCAUCGGUUAGCAACGGGCGUGCCCAAGGGAGUUUGCUCAGCGUGACUUUGUCAGCAAAGCUGUGGCAGAGGUCUAAAAGAGCGACAGCAUCCGACAGACGAGCCAGGGCAUCGUACUUAGACCUAGCCACGUCGAGGACCUCCUGGAUUCUUUCGUGAGUAAGAAUCAACAAGUCUUGGAUAUUGUCCUGGGAUCGGGUGUUGAGGGACUGAACCUCCUCGGUAGUGCAGUAUAUAUGUUUUCCCGACUUGGAUGGCUGAAUGAAUUCAUUGGGCAGGUUAGAUGCCAUUUCGAGGGGCAGCGAUAGAUAGUACCCCCUCGCUGCGGAAUACCUGACAGCCACGUGGGAGAUUCCGUGGAUCUCGGCAUACUCGUCGGCUUUUUUGUAAAUAUCGUCCACGUUGCUUAGAAAAGCCUUGAUAUUUUUAAAGGGGUAACCAGAUUUUGUA